AUGAAAUACAGGCAGCAGAAAACAGCUGAAGUCAUUGCCAAGCUGCAACGUACUGGCGGCGAACUACCCAAAUAUGAUGACUUCACAUCUGGGCGGGAAUACUUGAAUGCGGUGCAAUCCGGUCUAAUCAAGGACAACGAUACAGUCCUCAUGUACUCUCUGGACGGCUGCCAACUCUACCGAAGCAAGACCUCGGACUGCUGGAUUUUUGUAUGGAUUUUCAUGGAUCUGGACGGCGAUUUUCCAUAUAAGAAGGUCCAUGUCUCCCCUGGCAUUGUGAUUGUGGGCCCCAACAAACCACAGAACCUGGAUUCCUUCUUAUUCCCUACAUUCUACCAUGUUGCUGCCCUUCAACUAGAGGGGCUUCAGAUCUGGGACGCCGACCUCAAUGCAACCUUUAUUUCCAAUCUAUUCUUGCUCUUCGGGAUAGCCAAUGGCCCUGGUCUGGCACUCCAUAACGGGCUGGUCGGCCACAAGGGACGCCAUGGAUGUCGCCUCCACUGCCCCAUCUCAUGGAGAAUCCUUAUCCUGUUCUCUUUGGAUUCUCCCUCUGCUAGAAACGACUACCCCAACAUAAAAUUCUGGACACGCUCUCAAUGGACCAAAACCAACAGCAGGUUCAAAUCUGAGACAAAGUUCGAACUCGACCCAACUGGUUCUGAUAGUAAGCCUAGAAAGAGAAAUAACUACAUUGAGACAGCAGACGGUGACCUGCUAAACAAAGAAGACAUGGCCAAGAUACGCUUGACAAUGCGUGGUGCCUUCCAGCAGUUGAAACGACUCGAGCUUGCCCCAGAUACCUGGACAAAAAUAUGCCAUCUCGGCCGCAAGCUCUACUUACUUACGAUCUGUGGCGUACAUCCCAAGCUAACAUAUUGCGAUAGCUUCUGGAAGGCUGAGCAGAUCGCAAUCCAUCAUUUCCCCUCCUGGUACAACAAUCACAUCCGCAUCAAGAAGCCGGACAUCAAGAAGGAGCAGGUGGAUUCCAAGUGUCCAUUGCCAAAGCGAGGUAACUCAACACCAACUGACGGCAUUCCCUCAAAGAAGGCCCGUACCGAGAGCGAUAUCCAAAAUGAGAGCCAGGACGAUAACACCAACAAAAGCAUCUAUUACGAUCCCCCUGCCAGUCCUACCACCACCACUAAAGCAAAUUUGGGCAACGAUGCUCUAGUUAUCAACAAUCCCUUGUACAUAUGA